GCGGCGCGCGCCCCGGCGCGGUGAGCGGCGGCCCCGCCGGCUUCUCCCGCGAGUACAAGCUGGUGAUGCUGGGCGCCGGCGGCGUGGGCAAGAGUGCCAUGACCAUGCAGUUCAUCAGCCACCGCUUCCCAGAAGACCACGACCCCACCAUCGAGGAUGCCUAUAAAAUCCGGAUCCGCAUCGAUGAUGAGCCUGCCAACCUGGACAUCUUGGAUACGGCCGGACAGGCGGAGUUCACUGCCAUGCGGGACCAGUACAUGCGGGCGGGGGAGGGCUUCAUCAUCUGCUACUCCAUCACGGACCGGCGCAGCUUCCACGAAGUUCGCGAGUUCAAGCAGCUCAUUUACCGAGUGCGCCGCACCGACGACACCCCGGUGGUCCUCGUGGGGAACAAGUCUGACCUCAGGCAGCUGAGACAGGUCAGCAAGGAAGAAGGACUGGCUCUGGCCCGAGAGUUCAGCUGUCCCUUCUUCGAGACGUCUGCCGCCUACCGCUACUACAUCGACGACGUGUUCCACGCCCUGGUCCGCGAGAUCCGCAGGAAGGAACGGGAGGCCGUGCUGGCCGUGGAGAAGAAAGCGAAGCCCAAGAACAGUGUGUGGAAGAGGCUGAAGUCGCCGUUCCGGAAGAAGAAGGAUUCGGUCACUUGAGGGGGCGUCGCGAGGCAUUGGCCUGUGAACUGCAGCGCGUACCAGCAGUCCGGUGACCUGACAGGGAGCGUGGCCGUUAGUGUAAAAGUGACUGAUGACGGGGACAUGCCUACUAGGAGUUUUCAAUGACGUGGUAUUUAAAACAUUGUCUCUUCGCUAAUUCUGAUUUAUUAACCCAGUGGAGCACUGUUUGCUUUUAAAUUGUCACAUUAGAAUUUGAUCUACGAACGUUCGGGGUUCUGUCGCUGAUAUUAAUUAAUUAAUUAGCUAAUUAAUUAGUUAAUGUAAGUUACAUGGACCCAGGGGAGUGUGCGUGCAGUGCGUGUCCGGCCACGCCCACGAGAGGACGUUUUGGCCCCGCAUGGCUCCAGGUCACCCUUCGACCUCCGUGUCCUGCGACCUUGGUCUCUGUUGGCACCGAGCUUCCUGGAGACAGGGCAUCGCCGGGGGAAGCCCGUGCCGAAGGACCAGGCCGCGGCUCGGCCCGGGGCUGCGGGACUGGGUCCCGAGGUAGCUUCCGGAGUGAUGAAGCUGGCGAGGACACGGGGAGGGCGGGGACGGUGUGUUCAGCACGCGCCUGGCUGUCUGGAAGCGUGCCGGGCCAGCGGCGCGUCCUCCUGCAAGGUUAUUCUCUCUCCUUCCGAGUUUCGCCUUUCUUACCUUCAGGGGUACCGUCGCUGGGUCACUGGGCUCCUGUUGGGUCCCGCUUUCUGGCCCGGACAGCCGCGCCCAGAGCGGCCGCCCAGCGAGCAUCUACGCAGGGGGCUCCCUGGUGCUUUGCCUGGGCUCCCUGUGGCCCGCAUGAGAGCUGGGCUUGGCAGACUGACUGCACGUUCCACGCAGAAGAGACGGCGGCCUUUGAGUAAACUUGUCCGUGCGCCUCCUUGACCUUGACGAUCACUAGACUCAGCGCUGUAAGAAAGCCUGUGGCACUUUGUUUGCUGGGCCAGGCUCGAAGCUUUAAAAUCCCCGUGUGUUGGGUUUCUCAUUGGAGGUGUCCUCACCGGCACCUGGCUGAGUCCACCUCAGGGCGGUCUGAGCCUGGACAACGCUUAGCCUGAGAGAAGGCCACCUCGGUAACCUGUGUGUGGUUGGGAAACCGGUGUCCCGGGGAGAAGCAGCUUCAAAUGUCGAUGGCGACCUCUCUCUCUUAGAAUCAAGGUGACCUUGAUAUCUGAACUUGUUCCGUGUGGAGACUGAGCGCAGAGUGCCGAGGGUGAUGUAGCAGACACUGAACAUCAAGCGUCACCGAGGCAGCGUUUGUAUCCUCUUUGAACUCUCAGAACGUGACUGUGCGGUGACACAAAGCACGCAGCUCGGCUCGCUGGUCUCCGUUUUGGUCACAGGCAGGACAGGCUGAUGCGUUUUUCCGUAUAAUCAACGGUAUAUGUUCCAGGUUUAAAGAAAAGUGAUGGUUGUAACUUUUUUAGCUGAAUAGAGUUUCUUUUUGAAACUCCUGGGAAUGUUUUUGCUCCACACAAGUCAUGUUUUAUGGUACUCAAGCCAUCCCAGAGCGGAAGAGCCAGCUCUCGAAUCCGUGCAGGACAAAGAUCUCGUCGGAGCCGUAGCAUUUGGAGAAGCAUCAGGUAGAAGAGAAUAUGGGGCAUUUCCCCUGGCACAGCGUCUCCCGCAUUUAAACCAGAUCAGAGCUUCCUGAGCUUAGUGCCGCUCUGGUCAGUAACGGCCUCGGGCACCGUCAGCCUCAAGUGAGGGCUGUGGGCGGCGUCAUUACUGGCCGUCGUCAAGGCGUCGCCCAAAAGAAAGUCCUGUGAGGCAGGAGGGGCUUUGCGCUGCUGUGGGAACAGUGACAGCCUGGUGCUUCUGAGGCCGUCACUGCCGCGCGUUUGAUCGUCGGCUGCACGCGCCCCGCGGUUAGCACGGAGCACGUGUGCGGGGUGGAAAGUGUGCAUUGUAGCUCUCUCCUUAGUGACCACGUCGUGGACGUAACUGAUAAGCUCUACGCAGUCAGCUUUAUCCAAAUCGAGGGCAUUUCAAUCAACAACUGCCUCAACUUCGAAGAGAAAUUCAGGGACAAGUUGAAAAGCACUGGAUCUGUCCAUGUCCAAUCCCAGGCUGGUAAGUCACAGUUAGAAGCUGGUGUCUGGAAUUAGCUGUUCAGGAUGCAGAACGGGAUCUGCGUUUUUCCGUCACACUGUCUCAGCAAGCACCGUCUGCUGCGGGGUCAGGGGGCACGGUUUUCACCGUUACCCGUGUCUAUGAAGACAGUCCGUGCGACACAAUACAGAACUGAUGAACAGCUUGUUGGGCCCCGCCUUUACUUACCCAUGUGGGUGGAAGCGUUUGGCAUCGCCACGGAGGGUCACCUUAGAAAACAAUGCGGUGAGAUUUCACAUUCUGGGAAAUACGGAUCCAACAAUUCGGUGCCCGCCGUGUGCAGGACACCGGUGCAGGGCGCCAGGGAGCAUGGCGUGGGUCCUCCUCCAUGUGGAGACGAGACAGGAAGCCACUGCAGUACCUUUGAGACCGACCAAGGGUCCGUUAAAGGCGUUUCGGUUACGCAUACGAAGUGUGAGAGAACGGACAGUCCGUUUCCCGUGAAGGUCAUUGCUUUUAUCUCCGCUGCUGAGGGGCGUCGGUGCUCAUAGGCCGUCACCGGGAUGCAUUUCUGUGCCCCACUGUUGAACAUGUCCUGAGUGGGUCUGUGACUGUCGCCCUGAUCCACUGUCGAAACAGUGACAAGGGCGCAGGUGUCAUCUAAGGCCACGUCUGCUGGGAAGGCAGCGGAAAUCACAGCCGCUUCUGUGUGCUGAGCACUGUAGGAGCCAUGGGGGUUCCCGGGGGUGUAACAUCCCAUCCCAAGCUUGGGUACAGUGCGCAUGUGCAGACGCCUGGUGGUGUCGCGGCUCCCCACGGGGUGCUGCAGGGGUUCGGAGGAGGAAUUAGUGUGGCCGGGGCAGGUGGGGCGCCGACUCCAAGAGCUCGGGGGAGGCAAGUCGAGGGGAGCUCGAAUUUAACCCAGGUGGAAUAAUAAAGAGUCGUAACCUCUGAAGUUUCUCCUCAGUCCUGGUAUUUAUUGCUUAUUUCCUUAAAAAUAUGUUUUCUUCUAUAUGUUUAACAAGCUCCUGACAAAUAAUUGGUUGUGUUGUGCCUUUUCCGAGCUCGUUCUUGGGAGGGUGGGACGUGGCGUCUUUGCUAAGUUUGACAGGCACUUGGCUUUAGGAGACAGGUCCGAUACUGAAAAUGUGGGCUUUGCAGCAAUCGCGGAUUUGCUCAGCUUCACAUUAAUUUUUUUUUUUUCCACAUUAUUCAUCCUACAUUUCAUCAGCUCAGCUGCAACUGAAACUUAGGUGCUUCAGCCUCAUUCUCUGGCUAAAGAGAUUCUUCUUCCUCGAGAUACCUCCGAGCAAUCUCACUGCACGGAUUAAUUUUGUCUCUCUCCCUACUAAGAAUUGCUGUGAAAUGAUUAGGUCAAACACAAACUAGAAUAAACAAAUGAAAACAGC